CAUCCUUCAGUGUCAGGACCCCAGAGCCCUGGAACCUGGCGCAGCCCAGAUCGCGGGACAGAAACGGAAGGCGCCAAGCAGCUCCCCGGAGCCUGGAUGGUUUGCAUCGUGCUGUCAGAUGUCCUCCGAGGCUGCUCGUCGUUAACGGUUUAGAUGCCCUCGCCAUUCCGUGUCGCGAAUGGAUUGGGCGUACUUUUUAUUAUUCCAGGCGCCUGCCUACUCUGCUUUGCACACACAUAGGCGGGGGUGACCCCAAAGUGUUAAAAGCGUUGGUGUUAAAUGGAUUAAUUCUUCAUUGAUUACACAUACAACAGCAAUAUAGUUAUGGCGACCUUCCAGACUUUGAGAAACAGUCACAUGAAGACUCGAGCAUCUGUCAGAAAAAGCUUCAGUGAAGAUGUGUUCCAGUCUGUCAAGUCUUUAUUACAGAGUGAGAAGGAACUAUGCACUAUAUCAGCAGAGGAUUGUUUAAAGCAGGAUGAACAUGCCAAUUUGACUGAGGUUACAUUUCUAGGUUUUAAUGAAGAAACAGAUGCUGCUCAUAUACAGGAUUUAGCUGCAGUUUCUGUGGAACUUCCAGAUCUUCUGAAUUCAUUGCACUUCUGCAGUCUAAAUGAAAAUGAAAUCAUUUGUAUGAAGGAUAUAAGUAAAUCAUCAGAUACAAACAGUGGUCCUCUAAAUCAGAGUCAGCAUUCUGGAAUGCUCUGCGUCAUGAGAGUGUCACCUACAUUACCAAGACUCAGAAUUGAUUUUAUCUUUAGUCUCCUAAGUAAAUAUGCUACUGGUAUAAGAUACACCCUGGACACAUAUUUGCAUCAGAAGCACCAACUUGAGACUGCUAAGGAAGACGAUGAUGAUGACACCAACCAGUCUGUGUCUUCCAUAGAGGAUGACUUUGUCACUGCUUUUGAGCACUUAGAGGAAGAAGAGGCCUCAAAGCCGUAUAAUGAUGGAAUAAAUAUUACUGCACUAAAGAGCCAGUGUGAUGCUGCUUCACAGACUUCUUCUGGUCACCAUUUAGAAACCCAUGAUUUAAGGAUUCUGGUUAGUUCUGGGAGGCAGAAGUCAUUGGCUAACCCUUCAGCUUCCUUAAUAAAUGUGCUGGGACAUAAAGAACUACCUUCUGUGAAAACUUCAGUCACCACGUUAAUUUCUGAGCCUUGGAUCCAAAAGAGUUUCUACAGGUCAUCUAAUGCUUCAGAUAAAGGUAGUGAUGCACAGAAAACAUUAUUUUCUUCUUCCCCUGCCUACUCCUCUGAAUCUGAAUGCUCAAGUCCAAGUCCUGUUAUUUUCUUGGAUGAAGAGGGUUAUCAGAAAAGUUUAAAAGCAAAACUUGAGUUACCUAAAAUUCCUGUGAUGAAAGAUGAUAUAGAAGAUUCAGACUCAGAAGUAAGUGAAUUUUUUGAUAGUUUUGAUCAGUUUGAUGAACUAGAACAAACUUUAGAGGCUUCUUGUUCAUUUCCAAAAGAUCCUGUCCUAGGGAAGCCAUCGCAAAAGAAAGGACACAAACAUGAAAAAUCUUGCUCUGUAACCACUACUAUGAAUCCUCAAAAAUUCAAGUUUGAUCGUCCAGCUCUCCCAGCUAAUGUUAGAAAGCCAACUCCUCGUAAACCGGAAUCCCCUUAUAGUAACCUGUGUGAUGCCCCGGAUUCACCUCGCCCAGUGAAGGCGUCAGGGGAAGACAGUGGUUUGUUUAGCCCUAUUCGAUCUUCUGCCUUUAGUCCUCUUGGAGGCUGUACUCCUGCUGAAUGUUUUUGCCAAACAGAUACUGGUGGAGAUAAGAUUCAUGAAAAUCAUGAUUCUGUUUAUUACACCUAUGAGGAUUAUGCAAAUAGCAUUUCAUGUGAGGUAUUGGGCUCAGUUCUUCAUACCCAGCACACUCAUGCAACCUCAAAUAUUCAUAGUAUUAAAAAGGGAGAAAAUAAAACCAUAGCUCUUAAGAAUGGAAGCCUUGAUCAAAAAAAUAAAUCUAAAAAUACAUCCUUGAUGAUUAAAGACAGUAUUCAGAAAUUUGCAUCAGAUCUCGUGGAAAAAAGUUUCGGCAGUGCAUUUAAAGACUUACAGAAAGGAGUCUCUUCAUGUACCAAUGCAUUGUGCCAUUUAGCCAUCAAAUUGACAUCGUCCAUUUUUCAGAUGGCAUUUAAUGAACUGAGAAGGCAGUGUGCAUUUUCACUGAGAGAACGUGCCAUUAGCAGUCUGGCUAAUUUUUUGGUGAGCGAAGCUUUAUCAAAUGCUUUACAGGAUUUACAGUAUGUAAAGAAGCAGAUAUUCACAAACACAGUUGCUAGGUUUGCUGCAGAUCUUGCCGAAGAGCUUGUUUUUGAAGGCAUCAUGGAAGUGUGUCAGUUUUCGUAUCCCCCAACACCCACGUCUCCACAGUGUUGGUCGUUGGACUGUGAAGAUAGAGUAGUAAAGUCAUAUGCAAAAGACUUAUCUGAGUCUGUAAUACAGGAAGCGUUUAUUGAGCUUUCACAAGUUGAUGUGACAUUCACAACCAAGGCAGCGGUUAGUGUUUCUACAGAUAACCUAAAGUGUGCGAGCACAGAAAAUUUAGUGCCAUUGACACAGACCUCCACGUUUUCCCCUGCUUUUAACAAUCAGACAGUUAUGGCAACAAGACCCAUGCAGGAAUAUAAAAAGGAAUACACAGUACAGCAGGCCUUGUUUUGUACUUCUGGAGUUGUUACUUCUAUACCAGUGCCCUUGGCGGGAAAUGCCCUUCUCCCAUAUCAUAUUUCAUCUAAUACAUAUCAGGCAAAGUCUCUUCAGUCAUCUGAUGGUAAUAAUUUGAAUGGUGAUUCUAUCCAGACACGUGUUACCACAAAAAACAAAGAAGAGGAAGUAGCAUGUCUCAGAAAUAUUUGUUUACCCUCAGACCACAAUCCAGGUAGCCAGAAAGAUUUUAAACCAACUAAUGAUGAUAUUGAAAUGCAAAGCUCUUCAAAAUUACCAAGUGAUCCUGUGAUUAUUAGCAACUUUUCUACAGCAAUGGUGCAUACGAUUGUAAAUGAAACGCUGGAGUCAAUGACAUCAUUCAAAGGCACGAACACAGUUGAUGAACACACAGAUUGUGUAACUACAGCAGUAAAGGGAAAACCCUUUGCUUUUCACUCUGACCAAGCAACACUGCAACUGAGCGAAGCUAGCAAUAAGGACAUGUUUGCUGAUCAGUUAUCUAAAUCUAUUCUUAAACAUUCCAUAGAUAAAAGCAAAUCAGUGCUUCCAAAUGUAGAUAAAAGUGCUGAACACAAGGAAGGCUUGCCUAUUCCCAGAGAAGAGUCACAAUUCCCCAAAUUUUCUGAUCCUCAAGAUCACUUAACCCACUGUUUGCUUUCAGUAGGAAAGGAUUAUGUUCCAGAAUGUAAAGGUUCAUCAGCUCACGGAUUUUCUUUAGAGACACUACCACCUUGUCCAACAAUUGUAGGUCAGAAACCUGAUUUGAAGGAAGUUGCUAAGGACAAAUCUGUGAAAAAGCAUAAUUUGAAUAAUACAGCACUUGAGCCCUUGUCUUUUGGGCAAGAACACCCUUUUCCUCAUUCACAUACUUUGUCCUCCACAGUGCUUACAUGUGUAGAUGGUUUGCAUGUGGAAGAUAAACAGAAAAUUAGAGAUGGAAAUGUAAUACCUGGCACUCCUCCAUCCACUCCUCUAGUACCAUCCCAGGCUAGUUCUGAAUGGGAUAUUAAGAAGUUAACCAAAAAGCUCAAGGGGGAAUUAGCAAAAGAAUUUGCACCUGCUACGCCACCCUCUACACCUCACAACUCGUCUGUUGGUAGUUUGUCUGAAAAUGAACAAAAUACUAUAGAAAAAGAAGAGUUCAUGUUGAAACUCAUGCGAUCUCUUUCAGAAGAGGUUGAAAGUAGUGAAGACGAAGAGCACCCAGAAGUGGAUGUAAAGUCUGAGCACCCAGGGAAAAAAGUUCAAUUUGCAGAAUCAUUAGCUACCCACAUCAUUUCUCUCGCAACGGAAAUGGCAGCUUCCCAUUUAGAUAAUAAAGUCAUUCAAGAACCCAGGGUUAAAAGCCCUUGCUUAAAUGCACAAAGUCAAAGAAGUGUGUCACCUGCUGUUUUAAAUUGCUCAGAGGAAAAUUUACAAACGUUAUGCAAUUUUGCAAGUGAUAUGGCGGCAGAAGUCAUUACAGAAGCUGAGAAAAUAGCAAAAGUUAGAAGUUGUAUGCCUUUCAGGCAAAGGAAGAAUAGUUGUUACGUUGAUGGUGGCCGAGAUGAUAGAUUAGAAGAGAAGUUGGAAAUGGAGGCUGUAGCAUACCCACGAGAAGGAGAUCCAUUCAUUCUUUCGUUACCACCAAAUCCUUUUAUGUCUGGUCUGACGUAUAAGUAUCCCAGCUGUGAAAGCGUGACAGACGAGUAUGCGGGUCAUAUUAUCCAAGUGCUAAAACAGGAAGGCGGCAAUCGUGAGUUAAUAAUGGACCAGUAUGCCAAUAGACUUGCUUAUCGAUCUGUUAAAUCAGGAUUACAAGAAGCUGCCAAGACAACCAAAAUGAAGUGCAGCUCAAAAAUGUUUCCCCUGCAAAGCUCACAGGUAAAAACCAAGAACGAACUAUUAAUAUUCCUAAAUAAAGAACACCACCAAGAAGUAGAUAAAGAACGACAAAGCAAAAGAAAUGGAGGUUACCUUUGUAAAAAUCAAACCUGUGAAUGGACGCGGGAUACAUAUAAAAAUGAGUCCUCUGAACUGUAUAAUUUUUCAACCUCUCUAGCUCACAGCAUAACAAGAGAUGUCAAAAAAGAGCUGACAACGUCUACGGUUGGCUUGCCAAAAUCCUUAACAGAUUCUUGCCUUUAUGAAAAGUCUGGAUGUGAUGAAGAUACCAAGUCUCACAUUGAGCCAGAAUUUCUUCAGUCUCUUCAGCCUCCCUCACAAAAUCACAGAUUUUAUCACAGUACAGGCAACUUAAAUGGAUAUGGUCAUGGAGAGAAUGUUGUUCAAGCUAUAGAGCAGUAUGCUAAAAAAGUAGUGGAUGACACACUAGAGCUCAGUUUAGGAUCUGCAGUUUUCCAUGAGUCUGAGUCCACGAAAGCAGCUGAUAGGGUCACUUAUGCGGAAAAGUUGUCACCUCUCAUAAGUCAAGCUUGCAGAUACUGUGACCGUAAAGAAUUGCAUGAUUGUACUGGGAAUUCAUCUCAGCACAUUUCUAGACUGGAUUCAUUUGCUAGCGGUAAGCCAGUUUCUGUAUCGAAACUUAGCAACAUCCAUCAGGAGUUUAGAAUUUGUCACCUUGAUGUCCCACAAAUUCAUGUUGGUCUUGAUAAGAAGACAGUGCUUGCUGAGAAGAUAGUUGCUGAAGCUAUUGAAAAAGCAGAGAGAGAGCUGAGCAAUACCAGCUUGGCGGCUGAUAGCGGAAUCGGACAAGAUGGCAUUAGCUUUGUUGAGAGCCUGACCACAGAAAUAAUGACAUCGGCAAUGACGAAUGUUGGACGCGCGGUUAGCAGUCCAAAAGAAAUAGAAGACUUACAGUCAACCGAGUCUUUCGGCAGCCAGCAGAUGAAUCUCAGUAUUGGUGAUGACAGCACGGGUAGCUGGUCUAAUUUAAGUUUUGAAGAUGAACACCAGGAUGAAAGUAGCAGUUUUCAUCACCUAAGUGAAAGUAAUGGUAACAGCAGUAGCUGGAGCAGUCUUGGUUUAGAAGGAGAUUUGUAUGAGGACAAUUUAUCCUUUCCAACAUCAGACAGUGAUGAGCCAGAUGAUAAAGAUGAAGAUCCUGAGGAUGAUGGAGAAGGUUUGGGGCCAGACAGAAAGAUUCUGCUCAUUACCAAUAUUGACAUGGAGCCUUGCACAGUGGAUCCCCAGCUAAGGAUUAUUCUUCAGUGGCUCGUGGCUUCUGAGGCUGAAGUGACAGAACUUUAUCUUCAUGACUCUGCAAAGAAGGAGUUCAUACAACUCUCAAAACGAUUACAAGAAAAGGGAUGGAAGGUGGGGGACGUCGUGCAGGCUGUGCUGCAGUACUAUGAAGUGCAGGAGGAGAGGCACAAGUCACUGUUUGAUUGGCUCUUGGAAGACGCGUAGAACAAACUUCCAGCCAGUACAUUUUAUCGUUUUGAGAGAGGAAGAAAUAGAUCAAGAUGCAUAGGGUAAACUUUGAAUAUUAACAUUUACAGUGAACUGGGAGGGAAGUAAAUCAAGCUUUUUAAGCGCAUUCAGUCAUCCCACGUUGUAUAUAGUUCAUACUUUUGUAAUUUCUGUCAAAGACUAUCUUCAUUAUGCUUCUGUGCACAUGCGUAGUGUGUUAAGACCCUCAGAACGUUGAUUUGAAGGAAAGUCUGACCAUGAGGUUUUCAGGGACAUCGACACCAGUCUUCUUGCAUCUGAAUAGUGCUGCUACAAACCACACUGAGGUGGCUGAGGACAGAGUCCAGGGACAAAGAGUUUUGCUCCUUCACAAACAAAUGCUGUGCUAUUGAGAACUAAUCUGACAAAAGAGCUUUGAGGCUAAUGGGUUCCCCCACACACACAAUAGAACUUCUGUCUUAUUUUUAAAAGUCAAUUUUAUUUCCACAGCUCAGCUCUUGGUAGCUUUUUGAAUCCCUUGCACUAUUUAAUUUCUUAGAAACAUUGGUAUUUUAGGUUCCGAUAAAUACCAUAAAUGAUAGUUUCCCCAUCCUUUCAUCGAAUGACAUUAUUUACUAAUGUUGCCAAUCCAUCUGGCAUGAAAAUGAGUAUGUGUUUGUGUGUGUGUGUAUGUGGAUAAGGGAGACUUUAACCUUGCCUAGUGGGUUUGUGCCCUUUUUUUUAUUUUAGUGUUUUCUUGGUUAGAAACCCUCUGUUGACAUUUAAAAAAUGCUUUAAAAUAAAAUGUCUAUAAAGGUUGUGCAGUAAGAAUUUUUCUUUCUUUCUUUUUUUUUUUUUUUGGCAACUUUGGACCCCUAACUUAUAAAUGAAAAUAAAGGUACAAAACAUGUUAAAAUUUUAAAAAUUAAUGUUGAUAUGGAAAUGCAUCCAGAGAAGCCCAGUAAUGAUUUUCAUGGUCAGAUUUUUGAAAAAAAAAAAAAAAAUCCACAAAACUCUCUGCCUAGCAAGGAUAAGCCUUUUCCAGAAAAAGAAGGGACUUCCAGCACCUUCUCACUCCCAUAACCCCCUCCCGCGAUAAAAUAGUAUCUGCAUUAUUUUGUAAAGUCGUCUGACAUGAUUUUUCUGGGCUCCAUGUUUUCUACUACUUUGUCUUCAGAAACUGCCACUUGACUUGAAUAGAGGACCAAGAUUGUGUCUUGGUUUUGUAUGUGAGGAUAUGCAUGUGUGAAUUUUUGGUUCUUCCAUUAGUGUUUUGUAAUCUAGAAUAAAUCACUUUUCGUUGGGGGCUUUUGGUUUUGCUCCAUUUCAUUUUCUUUUUUCCCGGAGCACUGACAGUUCUGGAAGCUGCACAAAGUGUAGAAGACAUAGCACCCACCAAGGGGCAAGGAAUAAGGGCACUUAUAUUAAUUUGAAUUAAUAAUUAUGAGAGAAAUGUAUUUUAUAAUGAGAGAGUAAAGUUCGCUUAAGAAAAAAUGCCCAAAGCUACUUAAAUAUUUUGAGGUUACAGUGUGAACUUUGAUUUUUCUCAACUUAAAGAAAUAGAGCAAGCUUUAUAAAUAAAUUCACCUAAAGUUUCUUCAAGUAUUUUUUACGGUGGAGUAAUGCAGGAAAUCUGUAUAGCCGGAACUGUUUCUGUCUUUAGCUUCUCCAAACUUGAGAUGCAGCAGCACUGGGCUGGGUUUAUGAACGCUGGGAGCUGGGUUGUUAAUCAUAACAGGGAUUAACUGAUUAUUAGAUUAGAUUGCAUUUUUACACGUAUAUGACUAUCAAGUUGUGUUUAGUAACUUCGAUACACGUACGGGUUUGAUUAACAGCAAAUUGAGUUCUGCCUUUCUUUUAAACUUAAAGUGAAAAUAUAUUCGUUUUGUAAAAAACUUCCUGUGCUUGGAAAUGUUUAUGUUUAUAUCUCUUAUGGUAAUAAUCAUUUUGAAGUAAGAUUUUCCUCCUAUCCUUGUUGUCUCUGCAUUCGCUUGGAGCUGUGCUGGAGUCAGGGUUCCUUUACUUAGCCACCACGGAAGGACAGACCAGUCUGUAGGUGUUAGCAUGUGUGGUAAGAACCCUAAUGGAACUCUACCCUUGUAGCAGUGUAGGGGUGUAGAGAACAAUAUUAAGUAUUAGCAGAUGUGAAAACAAGUGUGAGCAAAGCUCCUUAUAUGGAGAGAAGUAUCUUUUAAUCAAGGACAUUCUAAACUUACUUUCGUUAAAGGCACUUUGUGAUUAUUCCAAAGACAUCUUAUGUCUGUUUGGUUGCUCGGUCUUCAGCCCUGUUUGUUGAGAGGACCACCCCGCCCUCCUCCCCCACCGUCUCAUUUUAUUACUAAUCUACUUGACAUAUUUAUAUUGUAACAUGGUAAUCUUGCCAUUCUGUGCAUUUCGGCCCUCAUGAAAUUACCAUGUCUUAUUCAGAACUCUUAAAAUUGUGAUAUGCAUUGAGUUGAAUUCUGUUUAUCAACUUCAGAACCCUUGAAGGAUCUGUGGAAAGAAAGUGAAUGACAGGAGGCCUCUGAUAAGGGUUCUUUUUUUUUUUUUUAAGAACAUUGUUUUUGACUGAAAUGUAACAAUUCUUUCAUAGCCUUCUUUUCCCAAGGCAAGUUUAAAUUACAUUCAUAUUUUGGAUAUUAUUAAUGUUGGUUUUGAAGAUAUUUCUUGAUUUAUACAAAAUGAAUGAUUAAGUCACGGAGGAAAAUUAAAAUAUCAAUUGGGUUGGUUGAUAGAAUUUAAUGGAGUAAUAAGACCUUUGAGAGUAUUCACUUAGUGAAUACAUGCGAUAACAUCUUUAUACUUUGAAAAAUGUUCCACUUACCCUUUCAGAUAUUUGAUGUGAAUUAAUUCAACUCAUAAUACUUGCAUUUUGCUUAAAUAAGGGUUUUAUGUUGCUGGUAGGAGAAUUUAAUUACUUAUUAAAUGUACCAUGUAUAAAGUGAAAGACCGUUUAUCUACAUGGCUUUGACAUCAGUGCACAUUUGCCAGAAGCAAAACUUAACCCCGACUGAUCAUCAGAAUUCAGACUCAAAAUUUCUUUUUAGUUAAUUAUUUAGCUAAUAGUAUGCUUUCACAAUUCACUGUCAGUUUCCCAUCAGUAUGUUGUUUAAAUUUUAUAUUUCUCAAAGGAAACUUCCCACAGUUUAAAAAAAAUAUAUUAAUGCAUCCACACUCAGGGUAUAGGGAAAAUACUUUUCCAUAUAAAGCCCUGCCCACCUGUCACCAGCACAAGACAGUUAGAGCUUCAGUGGGAAUUAUGUGAUUACCUUCAAGUGAAAUGCAUCUUUCCCCCAUUUUUAGCAAAAGACCCCACACGCAUUUACUCACUUAUAUCCCUGCCCUGAAGAUGGAGAUGCAGUGUUGGUCACUCUUGUCACUUUAUUUAUUUAUUUUUUUGUUUUACCAUCCAUGUACAUUCCUUUCACAUGGGUAGAAUUGUAGUUCUAGAAGUUCAUUAUUUUAUUUUUGUUGUAAUGUUUGAAUACUAUUUAAUAUCGGGUUUUAAUAUUGCUGGAUUUGCUAACUUUGGUUACUUGUGCAGUGUUUAAAGUAAUUCACAUUCUUGUUUAAUAUAUAUAUAUAUAGCAAAAGCAGCUUUGGGUAAUUGUAGCUGUUUAUUUGUGCAGAAUUACUACAUUAAGAUCUCGUAUAACAGUAACUUUUUUUAGCUUUUCUGUCCUUUAAUAUGUUCAUUUACCAAAAUACGAACUUCAGGAUGCACUAUAAUUUUGUUUUUGCAGUGGCUCAAAAUAAACAUUUCAGAAAUCACCUUUGUAAUAAUUUGCAAUUAAUUGUUCUUUUAUCUUUUAUGAAUUGUUUGUCUGUGAUCUUUCCUCUCCCAACUAAGAAUUCUCCAAUAAACGUAAGAGAUGCCUGGCCUCA